AUGGCCGACUCCAAGGAACCUCCACAUAAGUUGGCCACAACUUACUUCGAAAGGGGAUACAUUGUGAAAGCGUUGAAGGUCAUAGCAAAGUCGUUAUCUUCACCUUCUGUCCAUGGGGAAGAGAAGGAGAUGUUUGAUUUUCUAGAAGGAGAGAUACUUGAAGAGUUGGGUAAAAAUUCAGGUAAUCUUGGGUUAAAGUUUACAUAUAUGGUAGGUUCAGUUGAAUCUUUUUCCAAAAUCGAUUCAUAUCCUCUGUUUUAUGCGUAUGCUCUGUUCAACCUGGUGCAUCACUAUGAGUCGGCUGUAUUUUACAAGAUUGCUCUAAGGCAAGCCCAAAAAGCUCGGGACUUUCUUGCCUCGAUGAUGAUGUCCCCGGAAAACGCCUCUUCCUUACCUGAUUUGCGAGCGGAUAGGCAGUUUUUGGAAUUAAAAAUUGAUACUUUAGAAGCCAAAAUUGCUGACGGUCCUGUUGCAGAUAUGCCCGUUGGUCCUCCUCCCAGCAUAUGUCGUUUUGGGCAGGUUCAGGAUAUAAAGGAUGUGGAGAGAAUGAAGUCGUAUUGGUUAGGUUUGGAUGAUAAUUUCAAAAGGGGUUUUAUGAAGGUUAGAAUAGCUGAGUUCGAAAAGUAUGUCAAGGCCAAAACUGGUAGAAAGGAUUUCAAGAAAGUUAUAAAGUAUGUUCAGAAGACACAAAAGUGGAUAGCAUGGAAUUGCCGAAAUUGUGAGGGUUUGUUUUCUACUAGUGAUGAAUGUAGGGAUCAUAUUGAACAAGAACAUGCUGCAGGAUCAAAAGCUUCUUCGAGAAAGCAUACGCCCCAGAGGAUAAAUGAUGACUGGGCAAAAAAGGUACGGUGUGGAAGUUGGGAACCUGUGGAUGCGGCAGCUGCUCUUCAAAUGAUCGAACAUCAAUAUUCAGAUGUAAAACGGUUUGCAUAUCAGGGUGGAUGGUGCAAAGACUGGCCUUUAGCUAGGGAUGCAGAGCGCAGUGCUGCACUCAGAGGAAUCAGAUCACUCCUUGUACCCUUAAUUGAGCACAAGGUUCUGUUAGAUAGCUUUCGAGACAGGGUGAUACAUUCUUUGGUUGAAAAUCUUGGCGUUUCCAGAGAGAAGCUAAGUGACUGUCGCCUAGUGGAAACUCCUCAGAGUAUUUGUUUUCUGGAAUGUCAUGAACUCAAUCAAAUCCUGGCUUUUAUAAGCAGUUUCAAGUUUGAAAGGUAUGACUGUGUAGAUCUGGUUAGCAGAGCAGUGGAAACAGUGUGGCAGAGUACUCGGUUUAAAGAAAGAAUCGACUUUGACCUGAAAGAAACAUUUCUACUUCUGGAUAAGAGACUGCUAAGAGGCCAGGUUGAUCAUUUCGACGAUGAAGGAAGAGUAAAUCAUUUUGAACCAACUGUUCACUACGCCAGGGUCCAUCCUCGUGGAGAUGAUAUUGUGACGUGGUUGAAACACCGUUUUCCCGAGGAUGACGGGUUUGCGUUUCCCGAACCUGUCUCUAUGCACAACUUUGACAUUUGGGUGGCUGUUAUGAGAGGGUUUCACUUCACGUGUAAGACCUUGGAGACCAAAUAUGCUAAGAGGUUGACGUUAAUAGAAUAUUAUGAAGCACUUACAGAAGUAAGGGAGAUAUGCCAAAAGGAGAAGAAUGAUACUGCCCUUACUCAAGUUAUAAGAGAGAUAUAUGUUCUGAAAGGAUCAGCGUUCCCUGCAUUUGAUUUUCAAGAUUUAGAAGAUUGUCUGAAGUUUAUACACGACCACUGUGACGAUGACAGUGAUGAUGAACUCAUGAGCGCCAUCAAGUGUCUGGAAGCAACUGUGAAAGAAAAGGUCACUCUGAUGGAUUCGAGGAUUUUUCUGAUUGAGGAGUCCAAGACCCAAUUUGUUACGUGUCUCACCAAACUUGCCUGCAUCGACUACCGCACCUACAUUUGUCCUCCUCUAAAAAUAUUUUUAGUCGAUGCUCUAAAGAGAGGGCGUUGGUAG